AUGAGGUUGGAAGAGCUCAAGAGGCUCCAGCACACCCUGGAACAGGUCAAUGAUGGCAAAGACACUCUCCAAAGCCAUCAGCUCUCCAUGGAUAAAGAAAAUAAUAUCCAGGAAUAUCCUAUCAACCUCCAGCCCUUGGAAUCCAAAGUGAAAAUCAUCCAGCGAGCGUGGCGUGAGCACCUGCAGCACCACGACCUGUCCCCAUCCCCCGAGCCACGGGACAAGCACAGCCCGUCCCCAGCGUCGCCAGUCUCAGGCAAGAUAAGCAGAUCCGUCAGCAUGAACACCUUCUCCGACAGCAGCACCUCUGAUUCCCGGGAGGAUGGCAUGGAUUUAGGCAGCGACGCCGGCAGCAGCCGCUCCAGCUCGGAAUCCAACUCCAGCAAAGCCACGCCGUGCUCGGAGGGCAAGUCCUCGCCGUCCCCCAGCAGCCUGGACCUGGCGGCGCUGGAGGACUCGGAGGAGGAAGAGGAGGAAGAGGAGGAGGAAGAGGACGGGGGGUCCCCGCCGUCCCCCGCCGCCCAUGGGCGCCGCUGCGGCCCCGCGGCCGCCGCUGCCCGGCGCUGCCCCCGCCCGCGGCCCCCGCCCCGCUCGGACCCCGCGCGGCGGCGGCGCGGAGCGGCCGCGGGCCCCGGAGGGAGGAGGAGCGCAGGGGCGCGGCCCCCCCGGGACCCGCGGUGCCCCCGGGAGCCGCAACCCCCGGCCAUGGACUGGGCAGCCCUGGAGAGGCACCUGGCCGGGCUGCAGUGCCGGGAGCAGGAGCGCAACCCGCGGGCCAGCCCCGCGUCGGCCCAGAAGAAUGAGCGUGAGUCCAUCCGGCAGAAGUUGGCUCUGGGCAGUUUCUUCGACGAUGGCCCCGGGCUCUACACGAGCUGCAGCAAGAGUGGCAAGCCCAGCCUGUCCUCCCGGUUACAGAGCGGGAUGAACCUGCAGAUCUGCUUUGUCAACGACAGUGGCAGUGACAAGGACAGCGAUGGCGAUGACAGCAAGACAGAGACCAGCCUGGACACGCCUCUGUCACCCAUGAGCAAGCAGAGCUCGUCCUACUCGGACAGAGACACGACAGAGGAGGAGUCCGAGUCCCUGGAUGACAUGGACUUCCUCAGCAGGCAGAAGAAGCUCCAGGCUGAAGCCAAGAUGGCCUUGGCUAUGGCAAAGCCCAUGGCCAAGAUGCAGGUGGAGGUGGAAAAGCAGAACAGGAAGAAAUCGCCGGUAGCGGAUCUUCUGCCGCACAUGCCUCACAUAAGUGAAUGCCUGAUGAAGAGGAGUUUGAAGCCCGCCGACCUGCGGGACAUGACCGUGGGGCAGCUGACGGUGAUUGUCAACGACCUGCACUCCCAGAUCGAGGGUUUGAACGAGGAGCUGGUGCAGCUGCUGCUGAUCCGGGACGAGCUGCACACGGAGCAGGAUGCCAUGCUGGUGGACAUCGAGGACCUCACCAGGCACGCCGAGAGCCAGCAGAAGCACAUGGCAGAGAAGAUGCCAGCCAAGUGA